AUGGAUGAGGAUACAAGGGCGACGGUGAAGGAGUUCGAAGAUGUCUUAAAGGAGCUGACUUUGAACUCGCGGCCCAUCAUCACGACUUUGACAAAGAUGGCAGAGGAAAACAUCUCUUGUGCCCAGUACUUCGUCCAUCUGUUGGAGGCAAGGAUAGAGAAGUGUGUCCCAACUCAGAAACUGUACGCGUUUUACGCACUCGAUUCCAUAUGUAAGAACGCCGGGAGUCCCUACACCAUAUAUUUCAGUAAAAACCUGUUUAGUAUGUACCGGAAGACGUAUCUGAUCGUGGAUAACAACACCAGGACCAAGAUGAUCAAUCUUUUUAGGUCCUGGCUGGAGCCUACUACCGCUACUGGGGAACCCGUGUUUGAUAAGGGUACGCUUGACAGGAUCGAAAGCUUUCUGAUCAAGGCAAGCGCACUGCACCAGAAGAACAUGGAAUCUAUGUUGCCUACACCGACCAUCUCUCUGCUGCUCAAGGAAAUUGACAAACUCACCAUGCUCACAGAGGAAAGACUCAGAGAUAACAAGGCUGAUGCAAAACUUGCCACAAAACUGGAGGUGCUGAACCAACUGAAGGCCGUCCUUCAAAGGGAGAAAUUGGGUGUACCAGCUUUGAAACAGGUACAGCUGCAACUGCAACAAGUAUUUGCGCAGGACCAACAGUAUCUGCAGGAUAAGUUUGUGCACCAACAGAAACAGCAGCUUCAGCAACAGCAGCUUCAGCAACAAAAACAGCAACGGCAACGGGGGGCUGGUAUGAUGGGCACUCCGGACAUACUACAAGGUUCAAAGUCGCCCUCGAAGAGUGGCACACCCAUUAUACCUCUGUUCAAUAAUUUCAGUAACCAACCUUCAAAAACAGCCGGAGCUGCCACGAACGCAAGUGCUUCGUUGUUUGGGAGCAUGUCCAGCAUCUUGUCCCCAAACAACUUUGCCGAGAUGGAAAAGACAAACAGAAUAGCCAAGAUUAAAAACCUUUACGACGAACUCAAUAAAGAGGGACUGCUCUACGUACCCAAGAGGGAAUCUAUCGUUACUCUGUACGACAGUCUCAAUACAAAGAACAACGAAAAUAACAUGCAGCAAAUCAAGAAUAACUUACCGCCAAUCCCAGUACUUACAAGCAUCAUAUUCGAUUGCAAAGCACAUUUCGCCACUAAUAACGCCAGUCUGAGCAAUGCGCCCACGUUGCAAUUGAACCAGCAAAACAUUCUCAGCGAUAAUCGCCAGGUCAAUAACAGCUUCAUCCACUUCUUGUAUAGAGCUAAACCCAACAAAUGCAGUCUGUGCGGUAAAAGGUUCGGGAACUCCCCGGAGGAAAAGAAAUUACAAAGCGAUCACUUGGACUGGCAUUUCAGAAUCAAUAAAAGAAUGAAGGGAUCUUCUGGCACGCAAACGUCUACAGGCUCGACUGCUGCGACUGCUGCUACACAGAGGAACAUACAGUCUCGGAACUGGUACAUCCCAGAUUCGGAGUGGGUUCUUUUCAAGGACGAAGAGAUUGUUUCCAUCAGCCAUGACCAAGCGGAUCGCCGCUCUGGGAAACAGCGGGGCCAGUCGAAACAAGCAACACGUCCACAUGAUAACGACGGAAAGUUUGAUUCUGCAAAAAAUGCGCCUGAAAAGGAUAUCGUUGCAAUCAGUAGGGGCAAGUUAUUGGCAAAAUAUGUUGUUGUGCCGGACUCGAUUCAAGAUAUGGCAUUCAUAUGUCCUAUUUGUAAAGAGAAGGUCAACGGUGUGUAUGAUGAGGAUUCUGGGGAAUGGGUUUGGAAGAACACCAUAGCAAUUGAAAAUAAACAUUUCCAUGCCACCUGUUACUUUGAAACUGUUCAAAACCGCUCCAACAGCGGGGACAUGCCCACUACGGAACUGGAAACUUUGAAAAGCCUUAUUGAAUAG